UCUGGGAGGAGCGGCAGCGCCGUGUUGGUGCGCGUGCAGCCGGGGCAGAGCGCAGAUGAGUCAGGGCGCAGCAUCAGGGAGUCAGGGAAGUGCGGCUGCGGACGGAGGAGGCACAGCGAGGACGGAGCGAGGCAGCGUAAAAGCUUCAGCCCAGAGGAGCAGUGCCUGUGGGUGGACAGAGGAGGCGCCCAUGGCAUCACAGGAGCCCGUGGAUGCGAGAGACUGUGCCAGCGGCAAACCCGGCCCAGCGGUGGAGGGUGGGACUGCGCCCGGCGGCAGUAACGGCUGCCCUGUGCACGCCGCUGCCAGCGAGGACGCGAAGAAGGGCUUUCGCAAAGGCAUCGGAAGGCACAGCGACUACGUGAAGAUCUCCGUGCCCGAAAGCAAGCUCGGUCGCCUGCCCAUGGAGUGGUGGAAGACACUGGUGGCCUUCUUCUAUGCGGGUUUCAACCUGGUGCUCACUACAGUUGUCAUCACCGUGGUUCACGAGAGAGUCCCACCCAAAGAGAGCAGCCCCCCUCUCCCUGACAAGUUCUUUGACUACAUUGACAGGGUCAAGUGGGCCUUUACAGUGACGGAGGUCAACGGCAUGGUGCUGCUGGCCAUUUGGAUCAUCCAGCUCUUCUUCUUCAGAUAUAAGUCCAUCGCCUGCAGGCGGUUCUUCUUCCUCAUUGGCACCCUGUACUUGUACCGCUGUGUCACUAUGUACAUCACCACCCUGCCUGUACCUGGCAUGCAUAUGACCUGUGCUCCGAAGCUCCACGGAGACUCCCAUGCAAAAGUCCAGCGAGUCCUGCAGCUUAUUUCAGGCGGAGGUCUGUCCAUUACCAACUCCCACCUCCUGUGUGGAGACUUCCUCUACAGCGGACACACUGUGAUGCUGACCCUCACCUACCUGUUCAUCAAAGAAUACUCGCCGCGGUCGUUCUGGUGGUACCAUCUGAUGUGCUGGCUGCUCAGCGCCGUGGGUGUGGUGUGCAUCUUGGUGGCACAUGAGCACUACAGUGUGGACGUGGUCGUGGCCUAUUUCAUCACCUCCCGCCUGUUCUGGUGGUACCACACCAUGGCAAAUUUACAGACUCUGAAAUGCUCGCCCAACAACUACCUCACAAACACCUGGUGGAACCCACUGUUCAACUUCCUGGAGAGGAACGUCCAGACGGCGGUCCCGUGCUCGUACAGCUGGCCCAUCACCUGGCCCCCCGCCUGCCUCAAGAACCCCUGCAAGAAGUACUCCAUGGUGCAGAGCACGCGGGAGGAGUGACGCGGCCCUGGGGCCUCGCGCUGUUCCCUGCAGCAGGAACCCACUCAGGUGGUAUUUAUUCAUCCUCCCGCGGCUGCUGGACAGGAACGCUAUGGAACCAUAUGCAUUUAGUUGUGAGAAGACCGGUUUCAGCAGCGGCCGUGACUCGAAGCAUAACCUGUAGCCUUUGUGUGUUCUCUACCACUGGAAAUAAUUUGAGAUCUUCUGUUUGUUUGAUGUAUUGAUAUCACUGUGCUGAAGUGCCUUAUUGUGAUAAAUGUCAGCAGGUACCAAAGAUACCAUGAGAGGACUUGUUUCAGUAUUAUUAUUUUAUUAUUAGUAGCAAUAUUUUGUUUCGUAGUCACUUUAGUAGCCUUAAAUGUGCAAAUUAUACCUUUAGUCCUAAUAUUGUAAUAAAAUGUAACCAAAACAAGUCUUUGUUUGUUUUAUUUUUCAGUUUAUUACUAUUCUGUAUAAAAGAACACUUUUCAAUAGAUCUAAUAUUAUAUGUUAUUAUUUAUAAGAAUUACUGCUACACGUUUUCAAGUUUUUUUUUUGUUUUGUUUUGUCUUUAAAUCAUAAGUGAAAUGAAUCAUGUCAAGUGCUGUUGAGGUUUGUUAAAAACCUGGUUGAAUCAUCGUGUAAUGUCUUGGUUUUAACACUAGGGGGCAACAAACACCAAAACACAGAAUGACAUAAUGUCUGCGAUGUUAAUUAUAUAUAUUAUAAGUUACUGAAACAUAUUCCAGCAGUAGCACCGAUGUCUCAAUGCUGAGAUAUUUGUUGCAGAGCUAUUGCGUGUGGUUUGUAAUUUCUGGCACGUGAAAUGGGAAUUUACACACUAGGUUUCUGCGCAGCUGUCCAGCUGUUCAGCUUCCACUUUGUGUCAUUUAAGCU